UUCAAGGUCUCCUCCUAUGGCUCCCUCAAUUUCGAGGAGAAGGACGGUAAGAUCACGCUGCGUGCGAAGAAGAGCAAGCUGGAGACCAGCGAGGUAAUCGGCGUAUUAGAGAUCCUCCAGCCGUUUGAUGGGGAUUUGGUUCCUAGGUACCCAAGGACGUCAAGAUGCUCUCUUUCGGCAAAUCAGUUUACUACAACAUCCCAACCAACCUUAGGAGAGCUAACUCCUUUGACGGACAUGUCUGUUGUUGCAGUCUGGUUUUCUCUUGAAAGAGAAACCCUGCUUAGGAUAUAUUUAACCAUAUUAGAGUGCAAUAUUUCCCUUUCACGUUCUAGGGAGGGAAAAAAUAAAAGGAAGGAGGAAGAAAGUGACAAAAGAACUUCAAUUAGGGGCAGAGAGAUGAAACCAAGUGAAGACAUCUGUUUAGUAGCACACAUCUGGAGCAAAUUGAUCGAGAUGGGUGCGUCUUCUCCGGAUUGCUUUUGGGUUUCAAUGUUAUUCUCAAUGAAAAAGUCCAUGUACGGGAUGUUUUGUAGCAGAUUUGGCAUCUUGUUCAACCCAAUUGGUUUCUUUCUUCAGCUUCUUGACCGGAAGCCAUUUGACAUUUCCUUGAUAUUAGCUUGCGAGUGUAUAGAAGAAUAGGCUUUUGGGGGCUCCAUUUGUAGGUCCACUUGGGUCAAGGACGAAGAAUGAAUCUGAUCUUUGGUUGGUGCAUGGGUUCCACUGACGUAAGGAUACAAAUAUUCGAGUAGAUAGAACAUAAAACCGAGCAAGGAUUAUAUAUGUUGAUACCAAGACGUGCUUAAAUGUUGAAGUGGCUACAAGUUGUGGCGGCUAGCUAAACUUUAUUGAUGUAAGAAAAAAGCAACUUUUCUGAAUGGGACGUUUAUUCCUCUUUGAAGCUUCACAUGUGGACAAUGGUCAUGAACGGUUCUAAGACACUCCAAGCUAAGCUUGACAACCUUUGGAUUCUUUAGAAUUGCAAGUGAAGACGUGAUUAACAUUUACAUGCAAACCAUUCAAUUGCAUAUAAACCUGAAGGAUGGAGAGUUAAAAAAAUCCUAUGCUACAGCUAAUAUAGUGGUAUUGAUUACAGAGAAAUAGCUGAAGUUUUGUUGAAUAGGAAUGUUAAAAAAAAUGUAAAUGGAAGGGAGCAACCGGAGUUUCUAGCUGCAUAACCAUGCACGCUGGAAUGAAGUAUGUACACCGCAUGUCAUAUGA